GACGAAUAGAGAGAGAGACUUUUACUGACAUAAUGACGAGCAGCGGAGAAAAAGCCAACGAGUAUGUACCGUCAUUCAAAAUCGAGGAGAACGUAUUGGUUGGCACGGGGGAAACUCAUCCGGUAUGCGCGAACGUCGGCGAACUGGUUCUCAAUACGAGGGCUGCUCCUGUCACAACGAUGAGCGAUUUUAGAAUUGAGGAUAAUAUCUUAAUAGGAAAGGAAUUAUCGAUACCCAAAAGACCCGUUAAUAUUGCUGAAGAGACACUUAAGUUUUUGAAGAGCAAGCCGGAUUCUAUUGGACAGGUAUGUGAAAGUCAUCACAUCUGCCAUUAA